UGAAACACAAGGGAUCAAAAUUCGGAGCCGGUUCAAUUUCAAUUUUAAUUGGUUCCCAACUCUGUUGUGCGUCAUAUUUCGGUACAUUUUGUGCGCUAGAUUAUUCCUUCAUCUUCAAUUAUUAUUUUAAAAUAACAAAUAAAGUGUCAAACAUCUUACAAAUUAUAGUUCAAAUAAAUUAGAUUUUUUGCUGAUUGAUAAAACUAAUCACUAGCUAUGCCAGCAGUUCCAGGCAACAUGUAUCAGCAAGGCAAUCAGCCGUCAUGUUUCGAUAAAAUGAAAUAUGGUUUUACUAUAGGAUUUUGUGUAGGAAUGGCAAGUGGAGCUCUUUUUGGAGGAUUUUCAGCACUAAGAUAUGGACUUCGAGGACGGGAACUUGUAAACAACGUAGGAAAAGUUAUGCUUCAAGGUGGUGGAACAUUCGGAACCUUCAUGGCAAUCGGUACAGGAUUGCGAUGCUAAUGAAACCAGUCAACAAAAAAUAUAAUAUUGUCAACACAAAUUGCUUUUAUUAAAAUGAAAUAAAUCUAAAUUUAGUGAAGAGAUAAAGUUAAAUAAUCAAAGAGUUUCAUUUUGCAGGCUUAAAGUCAAAACU